AUGAAUACAAAUGAUACAUUAUGUAUUGAUAUAUCAUUUCAAUUCCUUAAUAAUAUCGAAUGUAUUAUAAGUCGUAUAUUUGGUUCAAUAAUAAUUUUUAUAUCUUUUUUUUCCAUAUUAUUUAAUAUUCGUUAUCUCUAUUGGUCAUCUUAUCAUCGACAAAAUCAUUCACAUCCAAAUUUAUUUAUUCUAUCCAUGAUGUUUUCAUCAUUAUUAGUUAUUAUUAUUAUAAUGCCAUCAAUUAUUUUACAAUAUUUAACAUGUAAUCAUUUAUGUUCAUUAUUUUAUUGUCAAUUCGAAGGUUUUAUAUCUUAUUUAAAUGGUUGUGUUCAUAUGUUUAUGUUAAUGAUGAUUUCAAUUAUACGUUAUGAUACUGUUCUUCGUAUAAAUCUAACAAAACAAUAUUUUAAACGACAUUCAUAUAUAACUAUUCUUAUUUGUUGGUUAUUUGCAUUUGCAUUUGCUUUACCACCCUUAUUCAAUUGGAAUAAAUAUACACCUGAAGGACUUGGUUUUCAUUGUGGAUUAAAUUGGAUUGAUCGAUCAUUUCAUUCUCUUUUAUAUUUAAUUUUUGCUUUUCUCUUUGUUUAUAUUAUUCCAUUAACGAUUUUAUCUAUUCUUAAUAUUUAUAUUUAUUUUGUUAUCUAUCGUCUUCUUCAUGGAGCAUCGACAAUAGCUCGUCAAUCUUUAACAUCAUUAUCACCAGCUGAUAGUUUAUUACUCGAAAGAAGUCAUUCAUCACCAUUCAUAUCAGUACAUAGUAAUAAUAGUCCAGUAUAUUCAGUUAAACUUGGUAUAAUAAAGUUUUCUGAUCUUAUACCUGUUACCGCUAAUCAUUUACGAACUCGUCGUAUGACUGAUCCAUUUCAAACUCAUCAUAUAAUGCGUCUGAAACGUUUAAAAGCUGAUCGACGUUUUGCAUUAGCAACUAUAUUUUUAGUUAGCGAAUAUUUACUUAGUUGGACACCGUAUGCUUGUAUUGCGUUACUCUAUUUAUUUCAUAUACAAUUUAUAAUAGAUCAACGAUUAAUAAUUACAAUAUGUGCAUUUAUUGCAAAAAUUUCAAUGAUUAUCAAUCCAUUUAUUUAUAUAUCAACAAUAAAAAUUAAUCAACUAAAAACAAUUCUAUAUUUGAAAAAAUGUUCAUGUCAUAGAUGUAGAAAAUAA